AUGAAAAAUGGAACCGAGUCUUUCGUUUCCUCGUUUCACUGGCCAUUCGCCGGGAGUUUCGGGUUUAAUACCGAUAUUUUAGCAACAAAUCCAAUAAAUCUAAGUGUAGUGCUUGGUGUAUUGAUCUUUUUUGGAAAGGGAGUGCGUGUGAGUUGUUUAUUUCAAGAAGAUGAAUGGAACGAUAAUCUACUUUCAUUAAGUGAUUUAUUAGAUAAUCGAAAACUGAGGAUCUUAAAUACUAUUCGAAAUUCAGAAGAACUGCAGGGAGGGGCCAUUGAACGGCUGGAAAAAGCCCGGGCCCGUUUACGGAAAGUUGAAAUGGAGGCAGAUCAGUUUCGAGUGAAUGGGUACUCUGAGAUAGAACGAGAAAAAUGGAAUUUGAUUAAUUCAACUUCUAAAACUUUGGAACAAUUAGAAAAUUACAAAAAUGAAACCAUCCAUUUUGAACAACAAAGAGCAAUUAAUCAAGUCCGACAACGGGUUUUCCAACAAGCUUUACAAGGAGCUCUAGGAACUCUAAAUAGUUGUUUGAACAAGGAGUUACAUUUACGUACCAUUAGUGCUAAUAUUGGCAUGUUUGGGGCGCUGAAAGAAAUAACUGAUUAG